UGUGUGUUUGUAGGGGAAGAAACAGACAGGCGCAGCCGUUUAAAUACAGCUAUGAACGAGAGCGAGUUAAAUCAGAAAUUAACUCAAUUUCAGGCUUUUUGUCGUGGCUAUUUAAUAAGAAAAUAUCUGAGUUUGGUUCGUACCCAGUUUGAGGAUAUCGUCCGAGAAAUUGAUGGAGGUUUGGAUAAUCUGCACUGGGAAGAAAGCAUUAUACCCAAACCUCACUUCACUGACACUGAAAGCUUGUUACUGCAGUAUGGGCGCUUCAAGAAUCAGUCCUAUGAUGACCAGUUUGAGGAUUCAGCUAGGGAACAAAUGACAGACAAUAUGUAUGGUGAAACACCUGUCCCAUCAUCUGAAGUCCUGGUACCUGAGAAAGAUGAAGUUUUUGAAACAGGCAACAGAGAUAAGUCUACACCUCUGGAUGAAGACCGUACGAUUGGACCAAAUUGUAUGGGUGAAUCUACAACACUUUGGAGUGUUGUGAAUCCAGACGUUACCCACAGUAGCUUUCUUCAGAAAGGAGACAAUUUGCAUUUUGCUUUCAAAGACACAGAGCACACGCCUGAAUCUCUGAGACAGCAGCGGAGUACCCUAACCAUGGAGCUGCUGUGGAUCCAACAAGCCAUUAGUAGCAGAAAGAAAUACCUGACCCUUAUACAAAGAAUGGAUGCAUCACACUGAUCCAUGACUUGAAGUUGACCGACAGAUUUUUCCUCCAUAAUUCAGUCUGUAAAAUCCUCUGUUGAGAGGAAAAAUGAUUUAUGCCACACAGUGUGUGUGAAUUAUUGUACUUUAUUUAUUAGAUUCUCUUUUUGAU